GCUUUGAAACACAUGGACUUUCCCCGCAUGAAUCAAUAUUCAAGCCCUGAUCUCCCUGUUGAGCAAUGAGGCCAAAGAGAAGAGGGAGCUGAAAGAGAGAUGAGAUAGAGGGAGGGCUGUGGGAUGUCAUCUGUAAAGAAGGAGAUUCUCAUUGGAGGCAAAGAGAAAGAGGAUUGCUAUGCGUGUUUUGAGGAAAAGAAAGGGGAAAAAGGAAAACAUAAAGCAUCUUACAUGCUGAAGCCAUCUUGGUCACACUACACUCUACUUACACUGGACUCCACAUCUGAUUGUUAUUAAGAAUUGGGGGGAAAGCUCCAACAAGACUGGAAUGAUGUCCUCCAAGUUGAAGUGGCUGAUUGUGUUCCAGCUCCUGCUGAAUGAACAGGCUCUGUGCAGGGUCCCACCUCCUCUUGUGCGGAGAAACAUUACGCUUCCAGGAGCUGCCUUCAAUGAAGGGGAAGAGACAGACAAACAGGAUCAUCAGUUUCUUCUGGGAUCCCAAACCCAGAUUAGUGUCUCAUCAGCAGAAAAACCUGAUCCUGUUCGAGCUGCCAAACAUAUAAUAUCAGUCCUCAGGGCAAACCUUCAGGGGAAGAUUCAAGGGCAUCCCCACAUUCAGGGGAACGUCAGCUGUGAGGAGUUGCUGUCUGCUAGCACCGUGGAUGACCCAUUGUCCUCCAUGUUCCCCCAGGAGCUCCUGGGUCUCUCUUUAGUGCCUGUGUUGGUGGUGGCAGGCUGCCCACAGGAGGCACAGACCCUGGUGCUUAAGCUGUACAGCCUGCUGGGAGUAGCGGACACGGAAGAGCUUCUGAUGGAGGUGGAGGGUCUGAUAGAGAGGAUGAGCAAGUCUGCAUCUACGCCUGCACCUGCAUCAGCAGCAUUGCCUCUAGGGAGGGAUCAAGGAGGGCGCCACAUAGAGGCUGUGAUGUUUAACAUCCAGCAGCUGGCCAUGGUGGGAGAAGGUUCCUCCAAUCAUGAAGGGCAUUGUGAGGGUUGGACCAGGGUGAGGGGAACCACACUGGCAGGAACAACUAUGGAAGGAGCCACAGGUGAUCUAGAGGAGGCUGUCGGCAACUGCGAGAGAUUGGGAGUCCUGUGUGCUGGUGUUACCAGCAGUGGACUACUUAAACCUGGGAUGUACCAGGCAGUAUUUAAGAAAGGCAGCCGCGUCCUGCCCUCUGAAUCCACAGUGUCUGAAUGUUGGAUCCGUCGAUGCAGCGCAGAGGACCAUGUUUUGACCUCCACUGCUUUGGGUCGUCGGGUGAAGCGAAGCACCCAGAGGAGCUGCAUCAAUAAAAGCGAAGAGCGUGUGUACAGCGUGAUGGAGUGGAUCCCUGCAGUCAGCACCCUCUACAACCUUGGCACAGCUGUGUAUUAUGCUUCAGUCAACUGCACUGAAACAGCCAAGGAGAGAGCCAUUCUCAGUGCGGUUGACCUCGGCACGGAUGCUCUCAUGGUCGCCACAGGGGGAACCGCCGGGGUGGCAGGCUACGCCCUGGGUGCAGGGAUGAAGACCGGUGUGAAAGCUGGUGUCAAGUAUCUGCUCAACUCCAUGAAGCAGGAAGACGAUGUGCUAGUGAACCAGUUCAGCUGGGAGUAGGGCGUCAUCACCAUUUCUUUUCAAACAAUGACACAGGAUCAAUGUUUGUUAACUGACAUGUUUGAAGAAUAGCAUAUUGGUUUACUAGAUGUAACAUUAAUUGGAGAACAAGAUUAACACGUUUUUGUAUUACUCACUCAAUUAUCUGAAUCUAGUUUUUAAAGUAGAAAAUAGUUUAAUAGUUUAAUUAAAUUACACAUUAAUUGUAAACAAUGUCAAUAAUAUAUAUAUAUAUAUAUAUAUAUAUAUAUAUAUAUAUAUAUAUAUAUAUAUAUAUUCAACAGAGCAAAUUUGUUUUAGUUAAACAAAUAUUAAGCAGACAUGUUUGAAGAACUGUUCUCAGGAAACUAAACCUUCAAUCCCUCAAGACUUUCAUUUUCCUUUCCAACCAAUGUUGUUCUUCUGUUCACUCUUGAUUUUUUCUCUUCCAUUAUAAUGUUUUAUCAGGUCAGAGUCACAUUCCCACCUCUGGUGUUAAUCGCAGGGACAAUAGACUGAGAUCUAGAUUUUGUUUUUUAUGUUCUUUUUUGCUUCAAAAGUAAAUACAUUAUAUGUUAAAUCAAAA